UGAAGACAUUUAAGGAGCAGAGGAAAACCAGAGAUCGCUUUAAAAAGCACUGGGGAGCUGUUCGCUGCGUCUGGAGGAGCUCUCUGGAGAAUCUCCAACCUCGGAGCGGGCCUUCAACUACCAUCCUGCACCAGAGGCCCCACAGCUCUAGACAGGCCAUGAUGCUCCAGACCUUCAAUCUGUUGCUCGGUUGCAUUUGGCUCAGUCUGGGUGUGGCCUCAAUGGCAGUGGAGCCUCAACCAGAGCUGUGGAUAGAAUCCAACCACCCCCAUGCCCCCUGGAACAACAUCACGCUUUGGUGCAGAAGCCCCUCUCGCUUGUCCAGCAAGUUUCUGCUGAUGAAGGAUAACACACAGAUGACCUGGAUUCGUCCUUCUUACAAGACCUUCCAAGUGUCAUUCUUCAUAGGGGCCCUUAGUGAGUCUACUACAGGUGUUUAUCGAUGCUGCUACUGGAAGGAGAAAGGCUGGUCAAAGCCCAGUAAGAUUCUAGAGUUGGAAUCACCAGGCCAACUUCCUAAACCCAUCUUCUGGAUCCAGGCAGAGACGCCUCCUCUUCCUGGAUGCAAUGUUAACAUCCUCUGCAAUGGAUGGAUUCAGGAUUUAGUAUUUGUGCUGUUUAAAGAGGGAUACACAGAGCCCGUAGAUUACCAAGUCCCAACUGGGACAAUGGCCAUAUUCUCCAUUGACAACUUGGCACCUGAGAAUGAAGGGAUUUACCUCUGCCGCACUCAUAUCCAGAUGCUCCCCACUCUGUGGUCAGAGCCCAGCAACCCCCUGAAGUUGGUGGUGGCAGGUGGGUGUGGCCAUGGCUGCUGGCAUCUGACAAUUAUUAUCCCAGGGAUCAUGGCUGGUUGAGCAAAAGAUUUUGAAAUUACUUACCUAAGCCAGUUUCUAGGCCCUGCAAGGUUGAUGAGGUAGUCAUUUGACAUUUUCCUGAACUCUAACUUAGAAUCACAUAUGCUUUAAAGCAGAUAACCCUUUGGCCUGUUUGUGAGCCUAGCCAGCUAUUCAGUAGCUUCAUCUUAUCACAGGCUUAUUGUCCUUUACUUGUGGAUUGUCAUUUAUUCACUCAUUCAUCCAAUAUUUAUUGAGCACCUAAUAUGUGCCAGGCAUUGCUAGUAUAGUCUUGAAAUUGAUUCCUUAAAAGUUUAAGUGCAUUUGUGAUUAUUAUAUUUAAGUGUGUGAAAUAUAAUGAAUCACUGUUCUCCUUGAUGAAAAAUAAGCAGAUGACAAAGAAAGUGAUAUUUUAUAUUUUAGAAAUGGCUUGAAAGAUUACUUUGUCUCACAUCAAUAGAGCCAGUAAAGGCAGUACCAAGAUCCAAACACGGAAGGCAACUCCUCCAGUCACACACUCCAGCUUCAACUCCUCUACCACAUGCCCUGGAUGAUUCCAGGUGGAAUUGUCUAUAUUUAUGUAAUUCCCACUCAGGCAACAUAGAUCUAGGGAAAUUGUGAUGCUAUAGAAAGUACCUGGAUUGCUAGUACCACCUGUGACACUGCUUCCCUCUCUGAUGUCGAGCAAGUCCUGCCACUUCUCUGAGCUUUGGUUUUCUCCAUUCUAUCACAGGAUAACAGUAUCUGUCCAAUCUAUUGUAUAAUGCCACUCUGUGCUUCAAUUUAAUAAUCUACAAAAUUGGUAU